AUGCCCGGUGUCUCCGUUCGCGAUGUCCCCGCCGACAAGUUCAUCCAGAACUACGCUUCCUUCUUGAAGAGACAGGGAAAGCUCGCCGUUCCCGGUUGGGUCGACACUGUCAAGACUGGUACCGCCAAGGAGCUUCCUCCCCAGAACGUUGACUGGUACUACGUCCGCGCCGCUGCCGUCGCCCGUCACAUCUACAUGCGCAAGACCGUCGGUAUCGGCCGUCUGCGCAAGGUCCACGGUUCCCCCAAGAACCGCGGUUCCCGCCCCAGCCGUCACGUUGACGCCUCCGGCUCCGUCGACCGCAAGGUCUGCCAGUCUCUCGAGAAGAUCGGUGUCCUUGAGAUCGAUGAGGACAAGGGUGGCCGCCGCAUCACCCAGUCCGGCCAGCGUGAUUUGGACCGUAUCGCCAUGUCCACCCUCGAGGCCGAGCAAGAGGAGGAUGACGAGUAA